GUCAAAUAAACGUAGAGUCCAAUAUUACCUUCUUCUUCUUCGUUUUCUUCUUCUUCUACUUUCAUUCAGAGGUUGAUGACAGCAAAAACACCCUUCUCUUCCAAAUAUACAACCAAAGAAUAACAGCAAUUAAUGACUGCAGUCUCUCUCCACCUCCCACCUACACCACAACUUAACCCGUCUCUUUCUUUUCUCUAUAAAACCACGUCACCUGCUCAAUCUCCUCCGCUCUCUUUUCCCCUCGCCACCUCACCACCACUGUUUGCCUCCGUAUUGACCUCAAGAAAAAGAAGACAAAGCAGCAUUCUACUUGAGGCCACGAAAGUAACCCAAAAACCUGUUUUCUUUUCCGCUGCUUCUGGGACUCGUUCUUUUCACCAUAUAAAUAUGGCGUUUGUGAUUGAUAAGUUUAUUCUUGGGACUUUCUUUGCCUCUAUCUCUGUCUUUUUCCUUCUCUGCAUUUUCCGCCGAAACCACCAGAACCUCAAGAACGAGCAGAAGUUCAAGGAAAAAGCCGCCUUCAAGACCCAAAAUGAUAAUGUGCAAAGGCCAGAAGACGGCUCCGAUCCUGACGUCAUCAUCGUCGGCGCUGGCGUCGCUGGUACAGCCCUCGCUUGUACGCUUGGCAAGGAUGGAAGACGAGUUCAAGUGAUAGAAAGAGACUUGACAGAGCCUGACAGAAUCGUGGGUGAACUGCUCCAGCCAGGGGGAUAUCUAAAAUUAAUUGAAUUGGGACUUGAGGAUUGUGUAGAGGAAAUUGAUGCCCAGCGAGUGCUUGGCUAUGCUCUCUUCAAAGAUGGUAAAAAUACUAGACUCUCAUAUCCACUGGAAAAUUUUCAUUCUGAUAUUGCUGGGAGGAGCUUCCAUAAUGGACGUUUUAUUCAGAGAAUGAGAGAAAAAGCUGCCACCAUUCCCAAUGUAAAGCUAGUGCAAGGAACAGUGACAUCCCUGCUUGAAGAAAAUGGGACUAUUAAGGGUGUUCAGUACAAAACUAAGGAUGGUCAAGAACAUAGAGCCUAUGCUCCUCUUACUGUUGUCUGUGAUGGUUGCUUCUCAAAUCUGCGUCGCUCUCUAUGCAAUCCUAAGGUAGCUGUGCCUUCUUGCUUUGUGGGUUUAAUUUUGGAGAACUGUCAGCUCCCUUUUGCAAAUCAUGGACAUGUUAUCUUAGCAGAUCCUUCGCCGAUUUUGUUUUAUCCAAUUAGCAGCACAGAGGUUCGCUGUUUGGUUGAUGUACCAGGUCAAAAAUUACCUUCCAUUGCUAAUGGUGAAAUGGCCAAGUAUUUGAAAGACGUGGUAGCACCACAGAUUCCACCACAGCUUCAUGAUGCCUUCAUUUCUGCAAUAGAUAAAGGUAAUAUCAGAACCAUGCCAAAUAGAAGCAUGCCAGCUGAUCCUCAUCCGACUCCGGGAGCCCUUCUAAUGGGUGACGCCUUCAAUAUGCGACAUCCAUUAACCGGCGGAGGAAUGACUGUGGCACUGUCUGAUAUUGUUGUGCUUCGAGACCUUCUACAUCCAUUAUGUGAUCUUAAUGAUGCAGAUUCUCUAGCUAAAUACCUUGAAUCCUUUUAUACAUUGCGCAAGCCUGUGGCGUCGACGAUAAAUACACUGGCAGGAGCCUUGUAUAAAGUAUUCUCUGCCUCCCCCGAUGAGGCGAGGAAGGAAAUGCGCGAAGCAUGCUUUGACUAUUUAAGCCUUGGAGGUAUAUUUUCAUCAGGACCUGUGGCUUUACUCUCUGGUCUUAACCCACGGCCACUGAGCUUAGUCCUCCAUUUCUUUGCUGUUGCAAUAUAUGGUGUUGGUCGACUACUGCUUCCAUUUCCUUCACCUAAAGCCAUCUGGAUUGGAGCUAGAAUAAUUUCAAGUGCUUCAGGAAUUAUUUUUCCCAUAAUCAGAGCUGAAGGAGUGAGACAAAUGUUCUUCCCUGCAACUGUUCCUGCAAUAUACAGACAUCCUCCUGUUGAUGAUAAAUCAGAUGAUGUGCAGAAAUCAAGGUAGCUUUUGGCUUUCACAGUCAGAUAUCUGCAAGUUCCCUAUUGAUAAACUAGCAUUCAGCAAUGAAUGAAGGUGCAAACUGUAUCUGCUAAGAAGUAUCAUCGUUGUUCUUGGUCUUCAAUAAGUAGAAACAAUUGUUUAAUAAUGAGAAGCUUCUCGAUGAAUAAGCUCCAAGAGAAAUUGAGGGAGGUGUUGUAAGGACACAAGUCCCAGGAAUAAUUUUAGGCCAACAAGUUGUGGUUUUCUCGUAAC